AUGAAAAGUCUACGAAGAGACUUUUCUUCGAAUCCACAGGCUCAGAAUGUGUCCAGCAAAGUCUUCAUCAGGUCGACAAAAAGCGGGAAAGUUCAGAAAAUUGUUCGCGAAUUAUACCUAAGACAAGAUAUUCCAUGCUCUUCACAGUUAUGUACAAUUUGCCCGACUUAUGCCCCGGCAGAUGCGAGUGGAAAUAUUGCACCAUUCGUUCUAUCCGAUCGCCCAGCAGGUACGACAGCCUUCCCUCACGGCCACUAUAUCGUCCCGGAUACAAAUGCCUUGUUAAAUGGGAUGGAUGUCUUUGAGCACACCGGCGCAUUUUAUGACGUGAUUAUUCUGCAAACCGUUCUGGAAGAGCUCAGAAACCUUUCACUCCCUCUCUAUAACCGUCUCAUUUCUCUCAUCAAAACGGACGAGAAGCGGUUCUACCUAUUUUUCAACGAGUUCCGACUCGAAACGUACGUUCGCCGACAAAAUGAUGAAUCCAUUAAUGACCGCAAUGACCGAGCUGUACGCACUGUCGCCAAGUGGUACACUGAACAUCUUCGUCAAGCCGCCAAAGGCAAAACCAUUCCCGAAAUUGUUGUACUCACCGAUGACAAGGAGAACCUCCGCAAAGCGAAAGAGGAAGGUGUAACAGCUCUGUCACUCGCUGCUUAUGUGUCAGGUCUGGAGGAUUCCGACACACUGAUUGACAUGAUUAAUGACUCCCGCGAAGAGAGAGGAAAGAGGACAGAAUUUUUCUACCCUGAAUACUACUCCAUGUCAAAGAUGAUGACGGGCGUACGAGCAGGAACGAUGCACCAAGGCAUAUUCAACAUUUCACCGUAUAAUUACUUGGAAGGAUCUGUGAAUGUGCCUGCAUUUGAGAAACCGCUGCUUAUUCUGGGACGUGACAACAGUAACCGAGCUGUUUCUGGCGAUAUCGUUGUCGUUGAAGUUCUGCCGAAAGAUCAGUGGAAGUCACCGUCUUCAAAGAUCAUAGACGAAGAAGCAGUCACCAAGAACGAGAAUCCGGAUAUUGAAGAGACGGAGGUUAUUGUCAAUGAGAGAGAAAAAAGAGCUCUUCAGGAAGAAGUGAAGAAAGCCCAUGGUAAAAAUGCCGAAGGAAAAGCUCAGCCAACUGCUCGAAUUGUGGGAAUCGUCAAGCGCAACUGGCGUCAAUAUGUUGGACACAUCGAUGCAUCAUCGACUUCAUUACAAGGAAACUCAGGAAGACGUCAGCAAACUGUCUUUGUACUUCCCAUGGAUAAGCGUAUACCCAAGAUCCGAAUCAGAACCCGGCAAGCAGCAGAGCUUCUCGGUCAACGAAUACUUGUGACUGUGGAUAGCUGGGACCGCGACUCUAGGUAUCCCACAGGCCACUUUGUGCGGUCCCUUGGAGAGUUAGAGACAAAAGGAGCAGAAACAGAAGCUCUACUUCUUGAAUAUGACGUUCAGUAUCGACCAUUCCCGAAAGUGGUUUUGGAUUGUUUACCUCCUGAGGGUCAUGAUUGGAGGGUUCCUACAAACAUGGACCACCCUGGAUGGCAUAAACGUCGGGAUCUACGAGAUCUCUUAGUUUGCAGUAUUGACCCCCCUGGCUGUCAAGAUAUCGACGAUGCUUUACAUGCACGCCUUCUACCGAACGGGAACUACGAGGUGGGAGUUCAUAUUGCUGAUGUGUCCAACUUUGUCAAGCCAAACAAUGCUAUGGAUUUGGAAGCAAGCCUGCGUGGCACCACUGUCUAUUUGGUGGACAAGAGAAUUGACAUGCUUCCAAUGCUUCUGGGAACUGACCUGUGCUCACUUAAACCAUAUGUAGAACGCUUUGCGUUUUCUACGAUCUGGGAGAUAACACCCAAUGGAGAGAUUGUAUCUUCUGAUUUCACAAAAUCUGUCAUUCUAUCACGGGAGGCUUUCAGUUACGAACAAGCUCAACUACGGAUUGACGACGCAUCUCAGACUGAUGACUUGACUCAAAGCAUGCGCACACUUUUGCACUUUUCCAAAAUCUUACGGCAGAAACGUAUGGAUGCAGGUGCCUUGAACCUUGCAUCUCCUGAAAUCCGAAUUGAAACCGAGUCGGAACUCAAUGACCCGCUCACUGAUGUCAAGACAAAGGCGCAUCUGGCGACAAACAGCCUUGUUGAAGAGUUUAUGCUUCUCGCCAACAUUACGGUAGCUUCCAAGAUUUACAGCGCAUUCCCUCAAACCGCCCUAUUACGAAGACACGCAUCGCCUCCUCCUCAGAAUUUCGAACAGUUAGCUGCUCAACUCCAGAAAAAGCGCGGCCUUCACCUUGAUGUUUCUAGUUCGGGAGCUUUGGCCGACUCACUUGAUAGGUGUGUUGACCCAAAGAAUCCGUUCUUUAACACCUUGGUCCGUAUUUUGGCCACUCGUUGCAUGACUUCAGCCGAGUAUUUUACUGCCGGUGCGCACGCCGAAGCGGAAUUCCGGCAUUACGGACUUGCUUCGCCUAUCUACACACAUUUUACGUCUCCUAUCCGUCGUUAUGCUGAUCUUAUCGUUCAUCGACAACUUGCUGCAGCCAUCGGAUAUACUUCUGCCGAAGGUCUCAGUCGACGAAGUCAACUAGAGGACGUCUGCAAGAAUAUCAAUUACCGUCAUCGUAAUGCGCAAUUUGCAGGUCGAGCCAGUAUCGAGUACUACGUCGGUCAAGCACUGAAGGCUCGGGGCGAGAUGAUGGCUAAGAAUAAGGGUGACGAAAAGAACCUUGGUGUUGACGAAGAAGGAUAUAUCAUGCGCGUCUUUGAGAACGGCGUGGUUGUCUUUGUCCCUCGAUUCGGUAUCGAGGGAAUUGUGCGAUUGGAAGAUUUCAUGUUGCCUGGAGAAAAGGUUCUUCCCAACGUACACGAUCCCGAACAGAUGCGGGAGGUUGCCCACCGACGGGAGAGCGAAUAUGAUGCUGAAGAAUACACUCUACGUGUCUGGGACAAGAAUCAUCCAGAGACGGAAAGAUCUUUGAUGGUCGAAUUGUUCGAGCGAGUCCAGGUCAAUGUCAGCUCGGUCAAGGAAGAAGGCGGACGCAGUGCAGGCAAACGCAAAGUGCGGAUGCUCAUUUUAGGAAAAGCAUAG